AUGCACUCUAACCCUCCUAGAUACCGAGCCAUCACGCCCAAGGCACGCCUCAUCCCGCUCCCUCCCGCCUUCCUCGAAUACCUUCGUUCAGAUGGCAUCAUCCUACCCCCCGACGAGAUAGACAAUCCUUCAUGGUCAGACAACGAUAGCGGAAUAUUCUCAGGCGCCGACAACAAUGACGACGAUGAAGAGGAGAGCCCCGACCCAAGCGCACACUGGCGCGACACCCACGAAGCCAUCGGGCGCACUAUUGAGGAGCUGGGCGGCAAAGUCGCGCCCAAGCUGAACUGGAGCGCCCCAAAGGAUGCCACUUGGAUAGCAGCAACCAACAGCAUGGAGUGCCGUACGCCCAACGACAUCUACCUCCUCCUCAAGAGCAGCGACUUCGUCACCCACGACCUGACCCACGCCUUCGAUGACACGGUCGACGAGACCACAACGCCACACCCGGAGAUAGCAUAUCAUCUUGUUCUUAGGAAGUGGAUUACACUCAACCCAAGUGUUGAGUUCCGGUGCUUCGUCCGUGACCGGAGACUGAUCGCCCUGUGCCAGCGCGACUUGAACCACUUCGACUUUCUGUUCAACAUGCGGGACAAACUCCGCGAUACGAUUCAAGACUUCUUCGAUGCAAAACUACGCGACACCUUCCCAGAUCCAAACUUCACCUUUGACGUAUACAUUCCGCCACCACAUGACAAGGUUUGGGUAGUAGACUUUAAUCCUUGGGCCGUACGGACAGACCCACUGAUCUUCUCAUGGAUGGAACUACUUACCAUGGAUGUACCUGACAGGGUUCCAAUUGAAGAGUCGACUGUGCGUUUGAAGAUAUCGAGCGAUAAUAGCGAAUCAGCGCAAGCAGCCAGCAACACAGUAGAACAAGACUCAGACUCGGAUGGGGACUCCAUAGAGGAGUUGUGGCAGCCUGAGUUUCGACUAGUACGGAGAGACGACCCAGAGGCAUACGGUUUCGCGACUCCACAAUACAGCGCUCAUAAACUCCCCAAGGAUGUAGUAGACGCAAGCAGUGGCGGAGAGGGCCAACUACGCGAGUUUGCAAUGCAGUGGGAACAGGCCCAGAAGCUGGCGGAACAGCAGAGAGCCGAGGAUAGUGAGGAUGAUUAG